AUGCGAAACUCCUUCUCACGGGUCGCGCAAGCACCUAGAACACCAAUCACGAAUGCGAGACGAUUCAAUCAUAACCAGGCAAUCCUUGGUGCCAAUUACACAAAACAGAUCGAGACACUGGGCGUGUUGAGGCGCCAAUCGAAGAGGCCAUUGACUUUGACUGAGAAACUCCUUUACAGUCAUCUCAUUACUGGCGACAAGGAAUGGAGCCUGGAGAAGAUCGAGCGUGGCAAAACCAUUCUGGAGCUGAGGCCGGACAGAAUCGCCUGUCAUGAUGCGACGGCGACAAUGGCGCUGCUACAGUUCAUCAGCGCAGGACUUCCCCGCGUGAUGGCGCCGACGACAGUUCACAGUGACCAUUUGAUCAUCUCAGAAAAGGGUGCUUCUGAAGACUUGGAGCGUGCAACAUCUGAGCAUGCGGAAGUGUAUGACUUCUUGAGCAGUGCUUCAAGAAAAUAUGGUAUUGGAUUCUGGAAGCCUGGAUCUGGAAUUAUCCAUACCGUGAUCUUCGAGAACUAUGGAGUCCCCGGCGGUUUGAUCAUUGGAACCGACUCACAUACCCCGAAUGCAGGCGGCCUGGGUAUGCUCGGCAUUGGAGUUGGCGGCUCGGAUGCCGUAGAUGCUAUGUCUGGGAUGCCAUGGGAGUUGGUUGCCCCGAAAGUCAUUGGCGUCCGCCUCACUGGCCAACUCAGUGGAUGGACAUCCACAAAAGACAUAAUUUGCAAAUUGGCCGGCAUUCUCUCUGUGUCUGGCGGGAAAGGCUCGGUGAUAGAGUUCUUCGGCCCUGGCACCCAGACACUCGGCGCCACUGCCAUGGCCACUAUAUGCAACAUGUCAGCAGAGAUCGGCUCAACGUCGUGCAUCUUCCCACAUUCGGAGGCUAUGGGUCGGUACCUGGGCGCUACCAACAGGGAAUAUGUGUCGCAAGAAGCUCGGAGGUUCAAGGAGACCCUUUUGACAGCCGACGAGGGUUCGGAUAAUUACUAUAAUCAAGUGAUCGAAAUCGACCUCGACACACUCGAGCCCCAUAUCAACGGACCUUUCACACCGGACCUGGCUCAUUCGAUCUCCGGGCUCAAGAGCGCCGUCACCGAGAAAGACUGGCCGAUCAACCUGAGCCAUGCCAUGGUGGGGAGCUGCACCAACAGCUCCUAUGAAGAUCUGGAUAAGACCAGGCAGCUGGUCGCUCAAGCCAAACAAGCGGGGAUGCUCAAGUUCAAGGUCCCCUUCCUGUUGACCCCAGGAAGUGAACAGAUCCGCGCUACCGCAGAAGCAGACGGCAUCCUAGAUGAGCUGCGGGAGGCCGGAGCCGUCGUGCUGAGCAGCUCUUGUGGUCCCUGUGUGGGAUCCUGGGACCGAAAAGACGUGGAUGUAAAGGGAAAGGAGGAAAACUCCGUCAUCUCAAGCUACAACCGGAACUUCAUCGGUCGCCACGAUAGCAACCCUGCCACUCACUCCUUCGUCACUUCACCCGAGAUGGUCACGGCAUUUGCAUACUCCGGACGCCUGGACUUCAACCCCUUGACAGACAACAUCGCCGUCGGCGACUCCUCUUUCCAGUUCCAGCCACCAAAGAACUGUGAAUUGCCAGCUCACUUCGAGACCGGCAAGGACACUUUCCAAGAGCCGCCUUCCGAUGCAUCGGGGCUAUCAGUCGCCGUGAGCCCCGAGUCCGACCGCCUCCAGCUUCUGACACCAUUCCCAGCGUGGCAGCCAGGAUGCGCCAAUGAAAUGGAGCUAUUGACCAAAGUCGCUGGCAAGUGUACUACCGAUCACAUUUCCCCAGCCGGGCCCUGGUACAAGUACCGAGGCCAUCUGGAGAACAUCAGCAACAACAUGCUCACCACUGCAACCAACGCAUUCCUACCAAACUCACAACAAUACCUUGGCCACACAAGAGACCCCGUGACGAAUCAAGUCCAGGUCAUCCCAGAAGUAGCGCGGGAGAUGCAGCGUCUCGGCAUUCGCUGGUGUAUUGUCGGUGAUCACAACUACGGCGAGGGCAGCUCACGCGAACACGCAGCUCUUGAGCCGCGGUUCCUUGGGGGUGUUGCUGUUAUUGCUCGUUCGUUUGCGCGUAUUCAUGAGACGAAUCUCAAGAAGCAGGGCAUGCUUCCUUUGACGUUCAACGACCCUGCUGAUUAUGACCUUGUUGGCGAGGGAGAUCGCAUCACUCUACUUGGAGUUGAAGAUGGAGAGUUCCAGCCUGGAAAGCAGGUUCUUAUGAGGGUUCAGCCGCGCGAGGGUCGGGCUUGGGAAGCUAAGUUGAAUCAUAGCUACCACCCGGGACAAAUCUCUUGGCUGCGUGCUGGAAGUGCAUUGAAUCAUAUUAAAGCUAGUAUGCUUCAGAAAUGA